AUGUCCCUCCUCUUCAAAAACCUCCGGAUACAUCAAAUAUUUGGAGCAAAUACCAAUGUGGGCAAAACCGUAGUGACAACUGCGCUCGUGAGAGCCAGUGCUGCGAGAAGGCAGGGAGGAGAUACAUAUUAUUUUAAACCCCUUAGUACAGGUCCUUUGGAAGAGGCUGAUGAUUUACAUGUCCAACAACACACUCGUCGCUGGUCAUCCAAUGUCCACAUAGACUGUUUAUACCGAUACAAUGACCCUGUUAGUCCACAUUUAGCUGUGCAAAUAGCAAAAGCGUCCCCACCGACGACCGAAACUUUCGUUUCCUCUAUUGCUUCCCGCAUCCGACAAGGUGCAGAAAGAGCAAACGGUUUUGGACACAUGUACGUUGAGACUGCGGGAGGUAUCCACUCCCCCACACCGUGCACGCCGAACUUUCCGACACAAGCAGAUGCGUACCGGCCGCUCUUUCUACCUACCAUCCUCGUCGGCGACGCUAAACUUGGCGGGAUAUCUACGACGAUAGCAGCUUACGAAGCACUGAUUCUCAGAGGAUACAUCGUCGAUGCCCUUGUCGUAUUCAACGAUCCAGAUGAGACAUCAAAGUACGGAAAUUCGGAAUAUCUCGACACUUACUUUUCCGAACGCGGUAUUGGUGUGGCCGUACUCCGGCAUCCUCCGGAAAAGUUGGAUAAUGAGGAGCAAAAUCGUUCAAUUACAGAAGAGUACUAUGAUUCUCUACUCCUCAAUCCAUCUCUUUCAAAGCUUCUUGCCCGUCUUGAUACACUCCACAACUGUCGUAUCGCCGAUCUCGAGUCAAUGGGAGAGAGAACAAAGGAGCACAUAUGGUGGCCGUUCGUUCAGCAUGCAAGCGACGGAGGCGUGAACGUGAUAGAUAGCGCGUACGGCGACUUUUUCAACGUUCUCGACUCGAAAUCUUUACCUUCAUCGAACUCUGCUGUACUUCACCCGCAACUCGAUUCUUCCGCAUCUUGGUGGACUCAGACAUUUGGACACACCAACACCCGCCUUACGCUCGCUGCUGCGAGGGCAGCGGGGAGGUACGGCCAUGUUAUGUUCCCCCGCGCCACACACGCACCAGCACUCGCGCUAUCCGAAUACCUGCUCUCUCCAAACGGGCCUGGCCAUGAAUGGGCUUCCAGGGUAUUUUUUUCCGACAAUGGAAGUACUGGAAUGGAAGUUGCGUUGAAAAUGGCGUUGCGAACAUUUGUGAGAAGGAGGGAGGCUUGGUUGAUGUCCAAUGGUUCAACUCCUGAGGGAGGUGAAAUAGAUCAAAAACGUAGGAGGACGUAUGAACGCCGUUUGGGUGUCAUAGGUCUCAAAGGUUCAUAUCACGGGGAUACAAUUGGAACGAUGGAUGCUUGUGAAGAAUCUGGGGUAUAUACAUGUGAAUGGCACGAUUGUAAAGGAUAUUGGUUUGACCCUCCGAGGGUAGUGAUUAGACAAGGUCAAGCUAGUGUUGAAGUGCCCUUCGGCAUGGCCGAGGAACUACUCACUACGGACUCGGCCACGAUCCCCAAGAAAAACACCAAAAAUCUCAUCACUUUUCUCUCUCCUGCACAUGUAUACGAUGUGUCUUCCCGCUUGAAUACACCGCUGUACAAGCUGUACACGACAUAUAUCGCACGGAAGCUGCGAUCUCUUCAAUUUGGUUUCUUAGCACCGGAAUUAGAGAGGGAAGGAUUAUCAGAGAACAGAAGGGUAGAGCCACCAACAGAAUUAGCGGCACUAGUCCUCGAACCACUCCUUCUCGGUGCAGGAGGAAUGAUUUUCGUCGAUCCACUCUUUCAAAGAGCAUUAGUUGACGUUGUGCGGAACCCGAACAGAUUUCCUGUCUCCAGUCUAUCUAGUCAAUCUUCUUCCCCCAAUUUACAGAGCUCGACUAUUGAUGCUCAAGCCAUCGAGUCAGAUCUCCUCGCUGAGCCUCCCUUCCCUCAUCCCCUUCCAAUCGUCUUCGACGAGGUGUUCACUGGUUUUCACCGUCUCGGACCUCUUACACCACAGGCUCUACUGGGUAAUGCCCAUCCGGAUAUAGCUGUUUAUGCAAAGAUGUUGACAGGAGGACUAUUACCAACGGCUGUGACGCUGGCAUCGAAAGAGGUCUUCGAUGCGUUUUAUUAUGCACCCGAGUCUGAAUCCCCUGGGUCUCAAGUUCUUAGAAAGCUGGGAGGAAAGCAGCAUGCACUACUCCACGGACACUCGUACACCGCUCAUGCAAUCGGCUGCGAAGUUGCGAAUGAAACGGUGAAAAUGAUGCCAGCCAUCGUUGGAGGUGCGGAGCAUGUAGCUAUGAGAGAUGUUUGGAGAUGUAGCAAGUUUGAGAAGUCAGAACAGAAAGAGGCCCAGGUGAAUUGGAAACGUUCUCCAUCACUCCUCAGCGUCCCCUUGGAUGGCCCUAUGGAUGAUGAUGUACAUGCCUACUCCCUCUGGCACCCUAAUUUCUUAUCUGACGUCUCACAACUCGAUUCCGUGGAAGACGUAAUGGCAUUAGGUACAGUGUUGGCAAUCAGACUAAAGGAACUGGGUGGGAGUUACACAUCUACGUCCGCAGAGACCGUGUUUUCACCUCUCUCUCAAAUGUUAUCUCCUACUUCCCAUUCCACAACCCCCUCGAAAUUUGUACCAGGUACACUCUCUGCCCCGGUGUAUUCAAUCCACUUUCGCACCCUCGGGAAUGUAGCCUACUUUAUGACUUCCCUCAAUACCAGUCUAGAUGUGGUUAGAGAAGUGCAGGAACAAAUCUGGCAGAUCUUAUGCACCGGAAAGCUAUGA